AUGUUUGACAAACCUGAUAAGGCUGAGAUUGAGAAAUUCAAUAAGUUGAAAUUGAAGAAGACAGAAAUGCAAGAAAAAAAUCCACUGCUUUCAAAAGAAAUGAUCGAACAGAAGCAAGUGGGUGAAUCGUAA